CUUCUCCAACCAUAUAUACCCCCCCUAAAGUCCAAACACCCAAAUCCUCAUCUCCUCUCUUAGCUAAGAUUGUUUGACAAAAUAAUCUCUAGCUUCUACAUCACAUCAUAUCACUUCCCUCUCUCAAUCUUUUUCUCUCCUAUCCUCUCCUCACACUAGCUUAGCUUAGCUUAGCUAGCUACCAUCGUCUUCUUCGUCUUCGGCGAGAUAUGGGUGAGUGCAGCUACAACAGCAUGAGCCCAUCGACGCCGCUGCCGCCGCCGCCAUCGGCGGCGGCGGCGAAGAAGGGCUCGCCGGAGGCGGCGGCGGCGCACAAGGAGAGGCCCAAGAUAAGGAUCAUCCACAUCAUUGCGCCAGAGAUCAUCAAGACCGACGUCGCCAACUUCCGGGACCUCGUGCAGCGCCUCACCGGCAAGCAGCAGCAGCAGCAGCAAGAAUCGGCAGAAACGACGUUGCCGCCGCCAUCGCCGGUGGCGGUGCUCGACGAAAAGAAGGAGAAGGUCACCACCAAGAAGAGGCCGGCGCCGGCGGAGGACGAGAGCAUGAUGAGGAAGAAGAAGAAGAAGAAGAUCAAGUGCGAGGUGAAGGUGGAGGAAGGCCAUGGAUUUGGCUACGAUCAUCCCGAUCACACCGACCUGUGGAUGGAUCUGAAUCCGGGAGGGUUCUUGAGCUUCUUGGAGGAGGAGGACGUGUUCCAAGGCAUGGCUGCCGACCUGUUCCAAUCGCCUCUUGGUUCAUCGAGGAUGGAUUUCGUUGGUGAAAUGUACGCAUCUUAAUUAGUAUUUGGGAUUAGAGGUUCAAUUUCCUUUUGGUUUACUUUGUGAGAAUUUUUGCAUUUUGGUUGAGAGGUUUGGAUGGUCUUCAAAAAAGAAAAAGAGAGAGAGAGAGAGAGAGAGAGAAGGGGAUAAACACAAUGGUGAUGAUGGUUAAGUAAGUAUUGCACCCAUGGUUGCAAUAAUUGGUGAUGUGUAUGCAAGGGUUAUUGGUGGGAUAUUUAUAGAAGGAAUGAUCAAAUUUGGGUGCUUAAAUCUGUCUGCAGGUCUCUCAAAUGUAAAUAUGUAAUUGUUCUUUCGCAUAUGGAGCUCUCCCUCUUGAUCACCAUUUUUAAGCUUGUUUUCAGAAUGGAAAUUGUACUCAUCCCUUCCA